AGCUCAGGGUGGACCCAGCGUCGGGCGUUUGACGCUCAGGAAACGGAUUAAACCACCGAAGAUUCCCGCAGAUAGCGAUUUUCCCAAUGUGUGAAAAAGGUCUCCACGCCGAGUUAAACCGUAGUUAAAAACAUUUUGGGAGGUUUAUUGUAGAGGAUAAUGCUGGAUGGUUGCGCUCAUGAAAUUCACCAGAGACAUAUGCCGGCUGUUGGGACUCGGAAGCGGCCCUGCUGUGCAGCAACAGGAGGAGCCAAUGGACUGUGUUGCUGCAACCUCUGACCUGUGUCAUGAUGCCACUUUAUCACAGAAUGCAUUAAACGGUGAGGAUGAUCUGAGCGAGGAGGAUAAGGUCAGACAGAAAGCAGAGCGACGCCGAGCAAAGAGGAAGAAGCGCCGCAGGAAACGUAAGAAGCAAGAGCAGAUCAAGCAAAGUGACAGCGCUGAACAGGACGAAGAAGAGGACGGUGGUGCAGAGUCUGAGCUGGAUGAAAGUGAGUCAGAAGCAGACAUUGCUGAAGAGGAAAAACAAAGAGCCACAAAAGAAGAGAACAAGGAAACUAAAUCUGCUGCUCCUAACAAGCACAAUGCAACUCCAGUUAUGGCGCCUGCAGGACUCAAGCAGAAGACAAAAGCCAACUCAACUGAAGAGGAGCCGGAGUGGGAUGUGAGCAGUGCCUUCUUCGCUAAUGCUGCUAGCCAUAUCAAACCCAAAGGAUAUAGUCGCAAGUCCAAAGAAAACAAGGAAAAUGAGGCCAGAAAAGAGACAAACAUAACUGACAACAUGACCAAGAAAAGCGCAUCGCUGACGGAAAAAGGGAUUAAGCUGGUGCAGGAAGGGCAGUAUGCACAAGCAGCCUGCAUGUUUACGGAAGCAAUAAAGUGUGACCCAAAGGAUUACAGGUUCUUUGGAAACCGCUCGUAUUGCUAUUACUGCUUGGAGCAGUAUCCUCAGGCUCUGGGGGAUGCAGAACGCUCCAUUGAGCUGGCUCCAGAGUGGGCCAAAGGAUACUUUCGCAAAGGCAGAGCUCUCAUUGGCAUGAAGCGGUACAGUGAGGCAGAGAAGGCUAUGGAGCAGGUGUUGAAACUGGACAAACACUGUGAAGAGGCUGUCAAUGAUCUCUUCAGUUGCAAAGUCCUUCAGCUAAUGGAGUUUGGAUUUGAAGAGAUGCAAAGUGUUGUACUGCUGGAGAGAUUUUCAUCUGUGCAGGCUGUUCUCGCAUCUUGUUCAGAUGCACCAAGAGCUGGAGGCCAUGAUGCAUCAGUUGUGCAACCAGGAAGCCCUUGUCCUUCUCUCUGGGUGGGAAAUGUGACAACAGAAAUAACGGAAAAACACUUAUGGGACCUUUUUAAAACGUAUGGAGACAUAGAGAGCAUCCGUGUGCUGCAUGAGCGAUUCUGUGCCUUUGUGAAUUUUAGGAACGCAGAUAUGGCAGCCCGAGCUAUGGAAAAACUAAACGGGUACUGCAUUGAAAACACACGUUUAGUUGUAAGGUAUCCUGACCGCCGCACUCAGAGGGUCCUUCCCAUUCCACUUAGGACUUUUUUCCCUGUCACACAGCAAGCAGGGACAGGAGCUGGUCCUCGGCGACGUGGCCCAGUUAAUGGAGAUGAGUGUUACUUUUGGAGAACUACCGGGUGCCAUUUUGGGGAUAAAUGUCGCUAUAAACACUUUCCUGACCAGAAAGGCAAGGACAGGAAACCCUGGCAACCUUGAGCUCAGUUCAAGCUCUGCCUUGGCGAUGAUUGGGGGAAACAAGAGUUGCUCCAAAAUCCGCCUUCCAAGCUUGAAUGGACCACAUCAGGAUCUCUGGACUAAACAUAUUUUUUUUUUAUUAAAAAAUGCAGAGGCAGGUAGAGACUUAGAAUGUGAAGGUGGUUCUGUUACCCAAAGAUCCAAAUGGAUGCCUUUGUUCAAAAGUACAAAAUGACCCAGAGAGCAACACACCGUCACACUUGCAGCCCUGCUGAGACUUGCUUUUCUCUCUGAAAGCAACACUAAACUCUAGAUCAGUUGAUGGAAGUGAAAUUUUCUUGGCCCACUGUUGAGGGGGUGGAAAAUCAUGACUUUAAUGCAGGUUAUGAAUGAUACACUUAUGGGGACAACAAGGAGCUUUUUAAGAAUGCUAAUUAAUCUCUCAGUUUGAGAACUCUGCCUAGUUUAACUCAUUUUCCACAUUUGCCUUUAUUUCACAUAAAUGUGCAGGUGAUAUUUUGAGUUGGGUUUGUGCCAUUAUAUCAGCAACUGACCAAAGACUUGAGGAUGAAGUUACUUGAAGUCAGUACUUCCCUUUUGCAACUGAAUUAUGCAGCCUUAGUCAUGAUCAUUAUAUCAGCGUAAGUAAAUAACUGGACUGAAAGACAAUACAACAGCUGGACAGAUAGUGAAGUGAAUAAUUAAUUAUGGAUGUGUUUAGACUGAGUGUAAUCAUAAUGUCUGUAAAGCAUAUUAAUGUCAAAACGUGGCCUUCUCAUCCUAUCUGAAAACAGUUCUGCUUGUUUAAAGGCUGUAAUACCUCAUUGGAGUCUGUUUGAGAAGUGUUUUUGUAUUGAAGUCUCAAAGCCUGUAUUUUUUUAUUUUUUUUAUGUUCAGCUGGAUUGCAUGACAGAAGGUGGGCUGUGCUUCAGUUCAGCUAGCAGGGGUGGGCAACUCCAGGCCUCGAGGGCCGGUCUCCUGCAACUUUUAGAUGUAUUUCUACUUCAACACACCUGAGUCAAAUUAUGAGAUCAUUCGCAGGACUCUGGAGAACUUGACUGCACUUAGGAGGCAAUUCAGCUAUUUGAUUCAAGCGUGUUGGACCAGGGAGACAUCUAAGAGUUGCAGGACACCGGCCCUCAAGGACCAGGAUUGCCCACUCCUGAGCUAGGUUAAUAAUUUGAUACAAGAUAAAACGUUAUCAUUUUAAAGGUAAGAUCUUUAGGUUGGCAGAUUAUUUUUUUUCCUUGAAUUGCCUCGACAUUUAUUUUAGGUCUAUGCAAAACAAAAAGUGUCAGAUGCAUGUCUCCUGCCUCUGGGAUGGACAGGUAUAAGAAACAUUAAUACAUAUAAUUUCUGAACCUUUUGAAAAGCAGUGUUUGUGACCUUUGGGCCGCCAUGGCAGUAUUUCACUAAGCUGGAGAAUCAGAUGGCUUUACAUUAAGUGUCAACACUAGAAAGUGAAUUACACAUUUGCUGGCAUGUGCUUUUUAUCACCCACUUAGCAACAACUAAAGUCCACACUACAUUCACUAGUGAACUAUGCACUGCAUAGGAAAAGUAUUUAUGUAGCUAUUUAUAAAUAUAUUUUUCCUUUUUUGUUAAGCAACACUUUACAAACUAAGUCCAGGUUCUUAUUCACACUCUUCCCCCCCCUUCUGUUUAUUUCUGGUAUAGAUUAACGGCGAUUUGAUGAGAACCUUGUCACAUGCUAAACUUCUGCUUUUCUUGUAGACUUUUUGCUUUGUGGCUGGAGCUUGUGACAAAAGGACUUAAAACAAACUGUGAGACGGCACUUGUUUUUAACGUGCUAGUUUCUAAACUAAUUGCUGUUCAAUAUUUUAAAUACUAUUCUUGCAGUGCAUUAAAUUAUUUACACCUGCCUCUUGAUUAAAGCAUGUUUUGUAAAUUGUAUUUGUAGAAAUAUUUCAAUCUGAACUUCUGUUUCUUGCUCUGUGUACUUUUUUUUCUUCACUUUUAUUUAGAAUUAUUUUAUUAAAAUGUAUUCCAAGUUAUAAAUAUGUACAACAAGAGCACUGCGGUUCUGUUAAUCUACCAAAAACUUUGUAUUUUUCUGUAAUGCAAAUAAGAGUUUUAUAUUUAAUAAACAUAUUU